AAACUAUUAUCAUACAUAAGCAUAUCUAUACUAAUUAAAACGCAACAAAAAGGAACAUAUGCCCAUGUACACUUUGUUAGUAUACAUAUGGAGUGAGAAGGUGUGGGUGUGGAUUAGUGUUAUGCUACACUCACCUGACCUGACCUCCCCCUAUAUAUCACACACACCCCCCCUUCACUUGUCCUUCCCCCACCAUUUUCCACAGCUUGAAUCUUCCCCAAGCAUCCCCUCUUUCGAUCGCGUGGGAGUAGUGAUCGGAUGGACAGCACGAGCUGCCUCCUGGACGACUCGAGCAGCGGCGCGUCCACGGGCAAGAAGCAGGCGCCGGCGCCGGAGGCCCCGAGCAGCAGGCCGCUGCAGCGCGUGGGCAGCGGGGCCAGCGCGGUGAUGGACGCGGCGGAGCCCGGCGCGGAGGCGGAUUCGGGCGGCGCGGGGCGCGCCGGCGGCGGCGGCGCGGUCGGCGGGAAGCUGCCGUCGUCCAAGUACAAGGGCGUGGUGCCGCAGCCCAACGGGCGCUGGGGCGCGCAGAUCUACGAGCGGCACCAGCGCGUGUGGCUCGGCACGUUCACGGGCGAGGCCGAGGCCGCGCGCGCCUACGACGUCGCGGCGCAGCGGUUCCGGGGCCGCGACGCCGUCACCAACUUUCGGCCGCUCGCCGAGUCCGAUCCGGAGUCCGCCGCCGAGCUCCGGUUCCUCGCGUCCCGAUCCAAGGCCGAGGUCGUCGACAUGCUCCGCAAGCACACCUACCUCGAGGAGCUCGCGCAGAACAGGCGCGCCUUCGCCGCCGUGUGCCCCUCGCCGCCGCCCAAGAACCCCGCCUCGUCGCCGCCCGCGGCUGCCUCCGCGGCCGCGGCGCGCGAGCACCUCUUCGACAAGACCGUGACGCCGAGCGACGUGGGGAAGCUGAACCGUCUGGUGAUACCGAAGCAGCACGCGGAGAAGCACUUCCCGCUCCAACUCCCGGCCGCCGCCUCGGUCACCGGCGAGUGCAAGGGCGUGCUCCUCAACUUCGAGGACGCCGCGGGGAAGGUGUGGAGGUUCCGGUACUCCUACUGGAACAGCAGCCAGAGCUACGUGCUCACCAAGGGCUGGAGCCGCUUCGUCAAGGAGAAGGGCCUGCACGCCGGCGACGCCGUCGGGUUCUACCGCUCCGCCGGCAAGCAGCUCUUCAUCGACUGCAAGGUCCGGCCCAAGACCACCGCCUUCGCGAGCGCGGCGACCACGCCGCCCCCCGUGAAGGCGGUGAGGCUAUUCGGCGUGGACCUGCUCACGGCGCCGAGGCCGACGGUGGCUCCGGAGCAGGAGGACAUGGUGGCCAUGAUGACGAACAAGAGAGCUAGGGACGCCAUCGCCGCGUCUACUCCACACAUGAUUUUCAAGAAGCAAUGCAUAGACUUCGCGCUGACCUAGCUAACCUUUUUUGCUCCAGCCCUCUUGCUUGCUUCGCUCGGAUCAUGCACGGUGGUAGUAGUAGCUAGCAUAGCGCUCUUGUUUAAACCUUCAUCUUCUCUUCCUUUUCAUUGUUCAUUUUGUUUCUUCUUCUACUACCUGUCCUAAUCUUUGCGUAACUCGCCGUAAAUUAGACAAGUUUUUCCUCUUCUUUUUUUUGUGGCAAGUGUAUACUAAUCAAAAGCCAUGGAGAUUACAUGCAUGCCAUAAGGAGCAAUGUUUGGAACCCAUCUCUCUAGCUCCCUCCCUCUUCAAGAGCUUGUGUUCCUUUUGUAAUUGAUGAUGGAUGAGGAAAAACUAAAGCUGUCGAUCUCUGCUGCUACAUGCUGCAGUUUUGA